UCUCCUUCCCUUCUUCCAUGGUUGUGGGAUUUAAACAUCUUUCUUUCAAAAUGGCUACUCAGAGACUUGCUAGUAUUCUCUUCUUUGUGUUGUUAGGUAUUGGCAUAUGUUCUGCUAAUAGAGCCCUCCUCAUUCACAACGAAGGAGCUGCCAUUGGCUAUGGUUCUGGCCAUGGCAUUGGUGGUGGCUCUGGGUAUGGAGGAGGAAUUACAGGAGGAUAUGGUGGUGGCGGUGGAGGGGGUUCUGGUGGUGGUGGUGGGUAUGCAGUAGUAGGGCAGAAGGGUGUUGAGACCUAUGGUAGUGGUAGUGGAAGUGGCAGUGGUGAAGGUGGUGGGUAUGGAGCUGGUGGAGCAAAUGGAGGUGGCUAUGGUGGUGGUGGUGGUAGUGGGGGUGGUGGUGGAGGUGGUGCUGGCAGUGCUGGUGGUAGCGGCUUUGGAGGUGGUAGUGGUAGUGGUGGUGGUGCUGGAUAUGGUGCUGGAGGAGAACAUGGUGGGGGAUACGGUGGUGGUGGUGGUAGCGGUGGUGGUGCUGGUUAUGGUGCUGGUGGGGAACAUGGUGGUGGUUAUGGUGCCGGUGAAGGAGCUGGUGGCGGUGCUGGCUAUGGUGCUGGAGGUGAACACGGUGGAGGCUAUGGUGGUGGCGGUGGUAGCGGAGGAGGAGGUGGCGCCGGCUAUGCUGCAGGAGGAGCUGGAGGAGCAGGGUAUGGUAGUGGCAGUGGUGAAGGAGGCGGUGCUGGCUAUGGAGCUGGUGGAGAACAUGGCGGUGGAUACGGAGGUGGCAGUGGUGGUGGUGGCGGUGGCGGUGCCGGAACCGGAGGAGGUCAGGGUGGCUACAAGCCAUGAAAAUGCCAUAAGAUUGUCUAAGAAAGUGCUCUAAAUCUCUGCUUCGCAAUAUAACUGAAGUAUAAUAAU